AUGGCUGUCAAUGUGUCUGUUGAUAAGGACACAAGUGUUUUUUUUGUCACUGCGCCACCCAACUGUGUGCUGGUCCCCAGAAGCUGUUCUCCAAGGAACAUCUCCACCUCCUUCUCCUCCGUCUCCCCCUCCUGCAGCAUUCCCAUCCCACUGUCCUCUGCUUCUGGCUCCAGGUGCAGCCCCCAAAGCUCCCUGGUGUUCUCUGAUGCCUCCUCUCGCCCCCCACUGCCGUGUGGAAGUGUCGUCCGCCGGCGGCUGCCCUCAACGCAGGGAGGCGAGGUGGGCAUGUGUUCAUCCCCGGUCACCCUGCGCAUGUCACACUCUCACAGGAACAGUGCCGUCUCGAUGAUCUCCACGUCGCCCGGCUCAGAAACCAGUUACAUGAUGGGCAGCUAUCAGUCCUUGCUCAGUGACAGUGAAGGCGACAGCCCCGAGUCUCUACUCCUCUACCGCACAUCCAGCUCCUACAGCGACGUGUCCAGGUCCUUGACCAGGCCGUUCACCAACAAGCCCUCGCCGACCGGCCCAUCACCACUCGGCCACUUCCAGGGGAUCCACAGCAGCCCUCACAGCAGCCCUGCCUCCCUGGCCGGUUCACUGACAGACAUCCCCGUGGUGUUGGUCAACGGAGCUCCAGAGCGGGAGCUCAGCCCCCAGUCACCUCCAGAGGCAAUGGUCCCAGGCGUACAGAUCAAGCAGAGGCCCAGCUCCAGGCCAUCCUCGCCAUCUCCCUCUCACUCUUUACAAGGCCAUUUCCAAGGCAACCAGCACUCCAUGAAGUUUGUCAUGGACACCUCUCAGUUCUGGUUCCGCCCACACAUCAACAGAGUUCAGGAGUGA